AUGGAAGCAACAACUGCAAAGACCGCCUACGCUCUGUUCCUGCACCGCGCCGAGCUGCAUCGUCGCCGCACACACUAUGCCAAAGUGUCCCAGACGAAGAUACAACUUACUAAUCAGUUGAUUGCCAAGGUGAAGCAGCGCAUGGACACCUGCAGCUACGAGGAUCUGCAGACCUUGGUGCGAGAGCAGCAGUUCAAGCGUUUGCUCGAGAAGAAGCUCCAGCAUCGCGCCAAGCAGCUCAAGGCCCUGGUCAAGCAGAACCGCAAGCUGAAGCGACUCCAGUAG